UGGACAUUGGAAUGAGACCGUAAAGCCAGAGAGAUGGGAGCCAACGCAUGAAGCGUCCAUGUGAAAGGCAAACACAGCCUGAGCCAUACAUACUGUACAGACACAUGCGCACACACACACACACACACACACACCUGCUCAGCCCAGAGAGGAGCACAGACUGCACAACACGUCUCCGGCUCAGCGACUGCCAACAGGAGAGCCAAACGCCUCUGUGUGUAAGACCUCUGUGUGUUUAUUGCACUGGUUGUAGUUUGUCAGAGAGAUCAUCAUGCCUCGUCUUGGCCUGCUGCUCUGCACAUUUCUGCUGGGAUACCUCUGGAUGGCAGAAGUAAAGUGCAGCGAGGAUUCAGGUGUGCGUGAGACCCAUCGCAUGCCCAACUGGGCCCUGACCUCCUCCGACUUCUUCGGCUGGGUGGAGGAGCUGCGCUCCCACGCCGGUUACGACAAGAUCGAGGACCUCGCCAGGACCUUCUGGGCCCACUUCCCCUCUGCCAGCCGCCUGGGCUACGACCCCCCCGCCCCCGAGGAGUAGGACAACAGCCACCCCAUUCCCCGCCCCCCCCCACCCCCCAUCCCAGGCUCGGCCUCUCUCAGGUCUCUCCAGCUAGGACCCCAAAAGGACGUUCAGGGCUGGUUCAUACUCUACACAAGCAACGCAGAUGCCGUUGACAAUGCAAAGCUGAAGUGUCUCAUUGGACAACAGAUUAUGCAAAGGAAGAAUUUGGUUCCAAAACGCUAUAUCCUCCAUUUUAUCAUUAAAUAUUGUUUUCUAAGUAAUUU